AUGAAGAGCCUCCCAGUCCUGCUGCUGCUGUGUGUAGCAGUGUGCUCAGCCUAUCCUCUGGGUGGAGCAGCAAAGGAUGAAGAUACCAGGAUGGAUCUUGUUCAGCAAUAUCUCGAAAACUACUACAAUCUUGCAAAAGAUGUGAGACAGUUUUUUAGAAGAAAGGACAGUGGCCCUGUUGUUAAAAAAAUUAAAGAAAUGCAGAAGUUCCUUGGGUUGGAGGUGACGGGGAAGCUAGACUCCAAUACACUGGAGGUGAUGGCCAAGCCCAGAUGUGGAGUUCCUGACGUUGGUAAAUUCACCACCUUUCCUGGAUCACCAACGUGGAAGAAAACGCAACUUACUUACAGGAUUUUAAACUAUACGCAGGAUCUGCCAAGAGAUGCUGUUGAUUCUGCCAUAGAGAAAGCUCUGAAACUCUGGGAGGACGUGACUCCACUCACAUUCUCCAGGGUUGACAAAGGAGACGCUGACAUCGUGAUCUCUUUUGCAGUUAAAGAACAUGGAGACUUUGUCCCUUUUGAUGGACCCGGAAAAGCUUUGGCUCAUGCCUACCCACCUGGACCGGGGAUUUAUGGAGAUGCACACUUUGAUGACGAUGAGCGAUGGACAGAGGAUACAUCAGGGACCAAUGUAUUCCUCGUUGCUGCCCAUGAACUUGGCCAUUCCCUGGGUCUCUAUCACUCGGCCAACCCUGAUGCCUUGAUGUACCCGGUCUACAACCCACUCACGGACCUGGCCCGAUUCCGCCUUUCUCAAGAUGAUGUGAGUGGCAUUCAGUACCUCUACGGAUCUCCCUCUUCCUCCCCUGAGGAUCCCGUGGUGCCCACGGAAUCCACCCCUGCCGGACCUGAGACACCACCCAUUUGUGAUCCUGCUUUAUCCUUCGAUGCUGCCAGCACCCUGCGGGGAGAGAUGCUGUUCUUUAAAGACAGACAUUUUUGGCGCAAAUCCGUCCAGAGACCUGAGCCUGACCUUCAGUUGAUCUCUUCAUUUUGGCCAACUCUUCCUUCAGGCAUGGAUGCUGCAUAUGAAGUUACUAGCAACGAUACUGUUUUCAUUUUUAAAGGAAAUCAGUUCUGGGCCAUCAGAGGAAAUGAGGUACAAGGAGGUUACCCACAAGACAUCCACACCCUGGGUUUGCCUCUGACCAUAAGGAAAAUUGAUGCAGCCAUUUCUGAUGAGGAAAAGAAGAAAACAUACUUCUUUGUGGAGGACAAAUAUUGGAGCUUUGAUGAAAGGACACAAACCAUGGAACCAGGCUUUCCCAGGCAAAUAGCUGAAGACUUCCCAGGUGUUGACACAAAAGUUGAUGCUGUUUUGGAAGCGUUUGGGUUUUUCUAUUUCUUCAGUGGAUCUUCACAGUUGGAGUUCGACCCUAACGCCAAGAAAGUGACCCAUAUCGUGAAGAGUAACAGCUGGUUUAAUUGUUAGGAGUGGUGCUGG